AGACCGGCGCCCUUCGCGGGCCGCGCCGUCGCCCGCGGCGGCCGCGCGGUGGCGCGCGGGCCUGCGGGCGCCCAGCUCGCGCGCGAUGGUGCCCUCGAGAGGGGCUGGCCGUCGGGCGAGGACUCGAAAAGGACGCCCUCGUGCCAGGGCGGGCGGGGCAGAUCGGGGUCCGUGCUCUGCGUGGCGGUCGCCACGGUCGCGGCGUACACCCUGAACAGCUACGUCUUCCGCUGGAUCGACGGCGCGGCCUUCACGUCCAGGCUCUUCCACCUCUGGCUCUGCCACGUGGGCGCCCUGCUCCUGUCGCCCGCCUUGUGCCUGCAGGGGCCGGGCGGGGUGCGCGAGGCGCUCGCGGAGUACCGGCCGGGCUGCGAGAGCGCGGCCUCGAGCCUCGCCCGCGACAGCUGCGUCUUGGCGCUCUUCUCCAUGCUGGUGUACUACCUCUGGUUCCUGGCGGCGUCCAUGCUGCCAGGGCAGUUGCUCGCGGCCAUCUUCCAGUCAUCGAUCGCCGCCAUGUACCUGCUGUCUGUGCUCGUGCUGGGUGAGCGCUUCGCGUGGCCGAAGGCC